AGUUGGGUGGUUCUUGAUAUUUUAGUCUAUUGUGCAAGGACAUGAUAUGGCGUAAAAUUACUGUUUCUUUAUUUAUUUUCAAAAUAUGCAUUGCGAAAGAUUUGCAAGAAAGUUUCAAGACUGUGAUAUUCAUCUGACUUCGUGAGUGUUAUUGAUUCCUUGUACCUAAUCCUUAGGACAAUAAUCCUCUGUCUAGGGCCGCAUCAUUUCUUGCGUGAUUGCCAACUUGCCCACAGUAAGAAGUUUGACAUUUGGUCAUACGUUACGAAAUUGUAAACACCUGCACAAAAGCUUGUGUGAUCUCUUGAAUCAAAUUUGUCUUAUUCAAUGUUUAAUCGAUGCUUUGCAUUAUAAUUGCCACAAUAUGAGUAUGCCAGUGGAAAUUGCAUAAACAUUGCGUAUACAACCCAAGGCUGAAGAUGAACUCAGCAGUAAAUGAAACAAAUCACAACAUAACGAAACCGCAUUCUGGUGUAUAUUUACAUUCGUCAUGUACCUUUAUUUCUUAUUACAAUAUACAUUUAAAGUGAAUAUUUUUGAUUGCGAUAAAAUUGGUUCCGAACUUCAUGUAAAACAACAAAAAUGCUUAACACUAGCCACCGUGCCACAGGCCAGCUUUUUCAAACGAGUGAAGAAAUGACUCGGCCGCUUGACGACUGGGAAAGCUGUAGCCUUCCGCGCGGAGAUUUUAAUUUCGGAAAGUAGUUCCCUGCUUCCUCAGUGUCGAAGUAUACUUUGUUAUUACGCUUACACUUACUGAUUGGAUUACAGUAUCACGUGUGAUAGUGAAGUGCGUGUAUGUGUAUGUAGGAAAAAUGUAUUCAUUACUACGUGGUGGACGCGAUUUUUGUUGUUAUUGUUGCGGAUGGAUAUAUAAACUUUUUUCUCCUAACCUCCUUUCGCGCUAUUGAAGUAGAUAUGCGAAAUAAUGGUGUCUGAUGGAAGGUGGCUGUUUUAUUUUGAACUUUUAUCGCAAAUUGAAGCAAGUUUUUUGAAACAUAUGUGGUCAAGCAAGUGAUGGAAAGAUUAUGGUUUACGGUGGACUGGCUCUCGAAGAGUUUCGGGAUAACGUAAGGAAGAGCUGGAUGUGUUUGCAGCGGCGGGGUGUUGGCAGCGAGGAAGGUUCUGCCUAACAUGGCUGCAACGCAAGCUGAAAGCCAACAAAAUGAGGUGAAUCGUGAACAAGUGCAGCAAGAUCAGCCUCCAGAUUUAAGUAAUACGGUAUUACAAAAUGGAACAGAAAAGAAUGGUGGACGAGGAAUAGUUGGAUCUGAUAGUAUAGUUAAUACAAAAACAAAGUCGCCCGGUCAAAACAGCCUCACCGUAGAGAUGAGUCAAUAUCGACAAGAGUCUGGUGCAGGGCCUCCUAUUCAUAAUAGCUCGGGAAAUAGUGAUCAAAACGCGAAUAACAGUGGUGUGGAUAGCAGUAAACUGAAUUCUGAUGCAAAAUCUUUUAUGCAAAAUUCAGAACAAAGUGCGGGAAGUGAACAAAAUUAUGGAAAAGGGUCAGACGGACAAAACAUGCAAGGAUUUGGCUUAGGAUUCUCCGCUAGGGGGAACUAUCAUCCUGACCAGCACGGUGCUGUAAAUCCAGUGCAGAAUAGUGCAGAUAGCAGUUUGCAUCAAAAUCAUCCUUUUAGUCAGUUUAGCCCCCAAACAAUGAGGCAUGGAUUUCCGAGUUCCAAACCCAUGCCAGGAAGUCCUAUGGUUCCACCAAGGCCUCCUAGUGCUGGACCCAAUAUGAAUGCACCAAGUAGUGGUUUUUCAUCCCAUACUCAACCCCCAAGGUUAUUUUCAGGACAAAGCAUUUCUCAACCAACAGGACCCACCCCUACAUUAAACCAGUUACUGCAAUCCUCUAAUCCAGCUCAUCGGUACCAAAACAGCUAUGGGGAAUAUGGUAUGCAGAAAUCGGGUGAUCAAGGAACAGGGAAUAUGCCAUAUAAUCAGUCUUGGACCCCACAAAGGCCAUUGGCUUCCUACAGCCCACAACAAGUUGCUACUGGAUACAGAAAUCAACCUCCCGGUGGAGUCCCUCGGGGAAGUCAGCCGCCAUAUUUAGGUGCGGGUCCCGGAGCUCCCGGGCCUGGAGGAAGUUUUCCUCCGCAACAACAGCAACCUGGACCCCAGCCGCAGCCCCAACAGCAGCAGCAGCAGCCACCACCUCCCGUGCCACAGUCGGGCUCACAACAACAGCACCAGUAUCCGCCGUAUCCGCCCCGCUAUCCGACACCGCCGGGGCCUGGCCCAGGGCCCGCGGGCCGCCAACCCUUCUCUCAUCAGCUUGGAUCGCCGUAUGGACAGCAGCAACUGGCUGGCGGGGUGUACGGCGACCAGCGGGGCACCUGGGCCCAAAAUCAGCAGCACUCCCAGCAGAACCAGCAACAACAGGGCCCCCACCUCCAGCAGGGCCCUCACCCGCAGCAGAACCAACAGCCGAGUCAGCAGCAGCAUCCUCCCAACCCUCAGCAGUCCCCAAGUCAGCCCCCGCCACUACAGCACCCUCCACCCCAGCCGUCGCCACAGCAUCAGCCGCAACCUUCUCCACAACCCCAGCACCCGCCCCCGUCCCCGGGACAGCAUCCGCCCCCGCAACAGUCACCCCAACAGGCGCCGCCCCCAGCCCAGCACUCGCAUCAACAGCAGCAUCCUCCUCAGCCGCACACCCAGCCCCCGUUCCCGAGCCGGCCGCAGCAGCCGUCGACACCAAAUGCCCACGCUCCAGACACGGGGGAUCUGACGGGCCAGAACAGCAAUGACAGCUCCAGUGGGCCCGCACCGGGGACGCCCAAUUCCCAGGGCAUGAGGCCAACCCCGUCACCCACAGGGUCCACAGGAUCACGUUCCAUGUCACCGGCAGUUGGCCAACAGAACAUUCCGAUGCCUCCCCGCCCUUCCAGUGGUCAGUCGGAUGGAAGUGGACCUACUCGUAUGAGUCACUCACCAAUGGCAACUCAGAGUGGAUACCAGCAGCCGCUAGCGCCGCCAUCUCAUAUGCACCCAUACAAGAUGGCAGCUCACCCUGGUAUGGUUCCUCCUGGUGGCCAGCAGAUGGCUCCAUAUACUCCACAAGGGCAGCAGUACCCACAAGGUAACUAUACUCCUCGGCCACAGCAGCUUGGUAACAUGCAGUAUGGUGCCACCCAAGGUUAUGGACCAGGUCCAGGGGGCCAACAGAACCCCCAGGCUAACAACAUGGGCCCAGGGCAGUACCAGGGGCGGCCGUUGCCCAACCAUGUGGCUCAGUUUCCGUAUCAGGGGUGGGGAGGGCCUACAAUGAACCAAGGACCCCCUCCCAAUAUGAUGGGUGGCCCUGGUAAGGGGCCAGGGCCUCAGCCCAAUGUGCCACCUCAGGCUGCAAAUCCUACAGCUGGUCCUCGGCCACAUACUUCACCACAUUACCUCAAACAGCACUUGCAGCAUAAGAUGGGUUUUGGGGCUUCUGGCAUGCCUCCCAGUUCCAGUCCCCUUCAAGUGGGCUAUGGAGGUGCGACAUCACCUGGGAUGCCCCCAGGCAGUGCGCCGGGUAUGGGACCACCUGGUAGCAUGCAUCAUCACACUGGGAUGGGCUCACCCAUGGGUCCUCCACCAUCAGGACACCACCAUCCUGGAAUGGGCCCUCCACCACCUAGCGGCCCUGGCAUGAGCAUGGGCCCUCCCUCAUCAGCUGGCACAUCAAGUGGAACCACUGGACCAAUGGUGGUCUCAGCACCCACCAGCAUUCCCCCAUCAGUAACUGUGAGCACCCCGUCCCCUCUCCCAAAUAGCCACAUACACCACGAUGGACCUGGUCCCAUGCCCCCACCAGCCUCCACCUCCAACUCCCAUCCUCCUCAGCACUCAAUCCCAGGUGGCAGCCAUGCAACAGACAUGGUUGGCCCUCCAGAGCCAUCGCAUGACAACGGCAUCACCACCACCUCCACUGUUGGGUGUCAAGUUGCAGGCACAACAACGAACGUGACUCCGGCAACUCCAGGCACAGUGACAUCAGUCGUGACCACUGGUCCAGAUGGCGCACCCUUGGAUGAGGGCUCCCAGCAGUCAACACUUUCCAAUGCAUCAGCAGCAUCUGGUGAAGAUCCAGGCUGCACCCCAAAGUCCCGCAAGGAUGGCUCUAUUGUCGGAGGACCUUACCACAGCCAUCCCCCCACACCACAGAGUACGGUGCCCUCUCCUGGUGCUGCCAGUCUCAAUUCAAUGCAUGAGGAAUACGGGGAUGUGAACAGCCCCAGUUGGCCCCGCACACCUGCCAGUCCAGUGUUUAACAGUCAUGUGCACCAAGACCCAUACAGAUCAAAGAAACCGGAUAGUCUGGGGAAGCUGUACGAGAUGGACGAGAGUCAUGAGCGCCGGAUCUGGCUGGACAAGCUCCUGCAAUUCAUGGAAGAACGCGGGACACCCAUCUCAGCAUGCCCCACAAUCUCCAAGAACCCCCUCGAUCUCUUUCGACUGUACAUCUAUGUCAAAGAGAGAGGGGGAUUCAUGGAGGUAUGCAAGGUCACGAAGAACAAGACAUGGAAGGACAUUGCGGGUCUGCUGGGUAUUGGUGCGUCUUCGAGUGCAGCCUACACGCUGAGAAAACACUACACUAAGAACCUGUUGGCUUUCGAGUGCCAUUUUGACCGUGGCGGAAUCGACCCACAACCAAUCAUCAACCAGGUGGAAGCUUCCUCAAAAAAGAAGAAUACCAAGGCAACAUCUGUGCCUUCACCAGGUCAGUUUUGCUCAGGGUCGUCUAAUUCUCAAGAUUCAUUUCCCGCUCCUGGCUCAAGUGGGACGUCAAUGGAUGGCUAUGGGUACGGCUAUCCACCUGGCUCUACGCCUGACUACAGUUCUCCACCGAUGCAGCGCCCUGCGUCUCAAACAAAUGCUCCCUCUCCACACCCAGGUGUGGGGGUGCCGAACCAAGGUGCGGGGGAUAACAUUAGCGUUUCCAACCCUUUUGACGACGUGGCGCCCGGUCAGUCUCAGAGGCCUAAUUCGUACGGACCACCUUAUGGACACUCUGGUGGGCCCCCUCGCCCCCAAGGUAUGCAGCAGGGUUACCAGGGCCAAGGAGGUUACACUCAGUACCAGGACCAGUAUGCAAGGGGAGCUCCAGGGAAUAUGGGGCAAGAGUUCAACCAGCAGUAUCCUCCAAGCACCACAUACCCACCAAACAGGCCCAUGUACCCACCAUAUGGGCCGGAAGGAGAGAGGUACAAUCAAGGUGGUGCAAGCAGUCAGCCAUCUCCAAGCUUGCAACAAGGUAGUGGACAAGACCCAUACAAUAGAUACAUGGGGCCUGCUCAGCCCCCUGGGUACCCACCACGCACAGGAUAUGGUGGACCUCCUGGACCACCUUCAGGGCCACCCAGCCAACAGCAGUCUGUACCCUCCGCAGGGUACCCUGGUCAGCAAGACUAUUAUCGGCAGGAUCAGAUGUCCCAGUCUGUUAGUUUCUCGACUUCGCAGCUUGCUCGCCAGCUUGUGGCACCCCAAUCCCCCAUCAAAUCUUCAUAUCAACAAGUUUACCCUGGUCAGCAGCCCCCUGCUGCAGGAGGUCCUGGCACGCAGAUGUAUCCUGGAAGUCCACCCAGUAAGACCAUGCCACCACCAGCACAGCAUCCUCGGAGGCAUCCGGACUUUGCAAAGGAACAACAGCCUUAUCCACCAUACCAGCAGAGGCCCGCUCUGUAUGGAUGGACAAGCAACAGUUCGUUUCGUGGACCAUUCCCUGGUCAGGGCCCUGUGCCCCAGGCAUCUCAGCCAUGGAACCAGGGUCCUCCUCGGCCAGCUGGACCUCCAAACAAUCAACAAGCCAAUAACCAGUGGGACCAACACCGCUAUCCUUCAGGCACACAACCAUCAUACCAGACCCCACAGCAGCCCCAACAAUGGGUAUCUAAUAUGCCAUCAUCUGGAGUUGGACCAAGUUCCCCACUCCGACCACCUGUUGGCCCACGAACACAGUUCAGGCCAGAAGGGAAGCCUUUCCCAAUGCCAGCUCCUCCAGGGACAAAGGGCCAGACUCCCAACGUGGCUGGCAGUACGGCAGCAUAUCCCCCUCAGGCUCCCCCAAAACGUGAGCUUGUAUUUCCACCUGACAGUGUGGAGGCUACAGUUCCAGUGUUAUACAAGCGCAAGAGGAUGUCUCGUGGUGACGUAGCACCUGUCGAGGCCUGGAGAUUGAUGAUGAGCUUGCGCUCUGGCCUUCUGGCAGAGAGCUGUUGGGCACUUGAUGUCCUCAACAUCCUGUUGUUUGAUGAUUCGACAGUAGCUUACUUCGGCCUGGCUCACUUGCCAGGUCUGCUCGAUGUACUGCUCGAACACUUUAGGCGCAGCCUGGCUGACAUGUUUGAUGCCCCUUCCAACACAGACACCGAUCGAAAGUGGUACGAGGUCCCAAAGACAGAUCACAAUGAAGUUGAUUUGGGUUCGGUGAAUCAACCAGUUGAUCCUCUGGAUCGGGUGACUCUGCUUGAAACCACCACCAAUUACACCUUGUUGUCACGGAAGGGUGAUCCCAUCAAGGUGAUGAACAAAGACAGUGAUAUAUUUGUGCUGGAUAGCCGUAAGGCCUGGGAUGUGGAUGGUGACGUGGCAGAGGAAAACGUAACAGAGAUGGACCAGGAUCAGUGGCAGAUGGUGGUGACUGACAGCAGCUCUACAAAGUACAUUGUGACGUGUUUCCAGGGUGAAUUUGGCAAUGUGUCAUUUGUGAGGCUGGUACAGAACAAGAAGGUUGCGGAACAAGAGCAGGUGGUUCCUGGCAGGGAGCAAGGAGAGGAGGAAGUUGCAGUCACCGAGGCCCCAGCACCGCAGCCAGUAGUUGUCGAGAGUGUAAAAACUGAGCAGGAUCAAGAGACUUCUGAUGCUGGUAGUGAAAAACCUAAUGUGAUAAUUAAAGAGGACAGUGUUAGUAAAGAGUGUGUGGUUGUGACGCCAGGAGAGAGGAAAAACUGUGACAAAAAGAAACGGACUAAAACGUUAAUCGGUGUGCUUUCACGAAUACAAAAGGAACCAAUGGAAGUGAACGAUGUGCUGACCAGAGAAAUUCGGGAGAAGGUAGAAAAGAAUGAAGUGGUGAAGAAGGAAGAUGGAAAUGAAGAGAAGGCUAACAAUAAUGAUGGGGAAACUGAUAAAAUGUUGGAAGACAGAGAUAAGAAAGAUAAAGUAGUAGAAACCACAUCUGAUGAAACCAUGGAAACAAAUAGCAACAGCUUGUCACUGGAAAACAGCAACAGCAGCAGCAGUAGCAGUGAGGUUGGGAAGACGAAGAAGGAACUUGAUGAUGACAGCGGUAAAACUCAGUCAUCUGGUGAUGAUAAGGUGACUGUGAAAGUGGAGAAUGUGGACACUAGUUCCAAGAGUCAGGAUGAUCAGAAUGACUGUGGCUCAGGUCUGAGAAUCCGGGAUCCAGCAGGUACCCUGAAGAGACGUCGAAUGUGCGACUAUGAGGAUGAGUGCUACACCCGGGAUGAGGCCAGCCUGUACCUUGUGACAGAGACCCAAGAUGCUUUAGCACGGCGAUGUGUUUGUCUCUCCAACAUACUUCGUAACUUGACAUUUGUUCCUGGCAAUGAAGUGGAAUUUGCCAAGAAUGCCACUUUCCUAGGGCUGCUGGGUAAAUUGUUGCUGUUGCACCAUGAACACCCAGCACGCACACACAAGCAGCGCAACUAUGACCGUGAGGAAGACGCUGACUUUGCAGAUUCCUGCAGCAGCUUACAGGGGGAGGCUGAGUGGUGGUGGGACUUCCUUCACCACAUACGAGAGAAUGUACUUGUCACUGCUGCAAACAUCGCAGGCCACAUGGAUCUGGGCCAGUACCCAGAGGAGAUCUCACGACCUGUACUGGACGGAUUGCUUCAUUGGGCGGUUUGCCCUGCAGCCCAUGGACAAGACCCUUUCCCCACUGUGGGCCCUUCAUCUCCUCUGUCUCCCCAACGACUGGCCCUGGAGGCCUUGUGCAAGCUCUGUGUGACUGACAGCAAUGUGGACCUUGUCAUAGCCACUCCCCCAUACUCGAGGUUGGAGCGUUUAUGUGCAGUUCUCACAAAACUGCUUUGUCGCAGUGAAGAGCAGGUACUACGGGAGUUCGCAGUGAACCUGCUGCAUUACCUGGCUGCUGCUGACAGCGGCAUGGCACGCACUGUGGCGCUGCAGAGUCCUUGCGUGUCUCUGCUGGUGGCCUUCAUUGAACAGGCAGAGGCAAGUGCACUGGGUGUGGCCAACCAGCAUGGUAUUUCAGCCCUGCGUGAGAACCCAGAUUCCAUGGGCACCAGUCUGGACAUGCUGCGCCGUGCAGCCGGCACACUGUUACACCUUGCUCGUCAUCCUGACAACCGCCCUCUCUUCCUGCAGCAAGAGCAGCGGCUCCUGGCUCUGGUAAUGAGCCAGAUCCUCGAUCAGCAGGUGGCCUCCAUCAUCUCACGCGUACUCUUCCAGUGUUCGCGGCCGCAUCCUGAGCACAUCCACUUCAGUUCUCUGCGCUCGUGCGUCUCCUCGUAGUGAACAGGUGGGAA